UGAUGGAAGAGACGAAAUAGCCACAAAAUUGGAGCCGGCUCUCUUUCUUCCCACAUGGCAGGAGAAAAUAAUAGUAGCGGAAGCGGAAGCGGCGGCGGCGGCAACGGAGGAAGCCGUGACCUCGGAGGCAGGGGGCGGGCGCUGCUGCUGGGGCGGUACGAGGUGGGGCGGCUGCUGGGCCACGGCGCGUUCGCGAAGGUGUACCACGCUCGGCACGCGGAAACGGGCGAGAGCGUGGCGAUCAAGGUGCUCGACAAGGAGAAGAUCCUGCAGAGCGGGCUGGCGGCGCACACCAAGCAGGAGAUCGCCAUCCUGCGCCGCGUGCGCCACCCCAACAUCGUCCGCCUCCACGAGGUGAUGGCCACCAAAUCGAAGAUAUACUUCGUCAUGGAGCUGGUCCGCGGCGGCGAGCUCUUCGCCCGGGUCUCCAAGGGCCGCCUACCGGAGCCCGCCGCCCGUCGAUACUUCCAGCAGCUCAUCUCGGCUGUGGCCUUCUGCCACGCCCGCGGCGUCUACCACCGCGACCUCAAGCCGGAGAAUCUCCUCCUCGACGACCGCGGCGAUCUCAAGGUCUCCGAUUUCGGGCUUUCCGCUGUCUCCGAUCAGAUGCGGCAGGACGGUCUCUUUCACACCUUCUGCGGCACGCCGGCGUACGUGGCGCCGGAGGUACUCGCCCGCAAGGGCUAUGACGGCGCCAAGGCCGACAUCUGGUCUUGCGGCGUCAUCCUCUUCGUGCUCAUGGCCGGCUACCUCCCCUUCCACGACCCCAAUCUCAUGCUCAUGUACCGCAAGAUCCAAAAGGGCGAGUUCCGCUCCCCCCGCUGGUUCUCCGGCGACCUCCUUCGCCUCCUCUCCCGCCUCCUCGACACCAAUCCCGCCACCCGCAUCACCAUCCCAGAGAUCAUGGACAAUCGGUGGUUCAAAAAGGGCUUCCGCCAGGUCAGAUUCUACCUCGAGGACGACAAGUUCCACAGCCUCGACGACGUCGCCCCAACCCAGUCCCCUCCGCCGCCGCCGUCCUCGGACGACUCCGAGUCCGAUUCCGACUCCAAUUUCUCCCUCUCCGCUUCCCCCUCCUCCAAUUGUGGCCGUCGGCAGGGCCUGGGGCGGCUCCCUCGGCCCGCGAGCCUAAACGCCUUCGACAUCAUCUCCUUUUCGCCGGGGUUCGACAUCUCGGGGCUGUUCGAGGAGCAGGGCGAGGAGGCCCGGUUCGUGUCCGGGCAACCCGUCGACAGGAUCAUAUCCAAACUGGAAGAGAUCGCCAAAGUGGUGAGCUUUACAGUGCGGAAAAAGGACUGCCAGGUGAGCCUGGAAGGUACCAAGGAGGGCGAGAAGGGGCCGCUCACGAUCGCGGCCGAAAUAUUCGAGCUCACGCCGUCGCUGGUGAUGGUGGAGGUGAAGAAGAAGGCCGGCGACAAGGAGGAGUACGAGGAGUUCUGCAACAGGGAGCUCAAGCCCGGCCUACAGAAUCUGGUGUACGACGAGCUAGCGACGGCGGCCGCGGCCGCGGCCGCGGCCGCGGCCGCCACCAAUCUGCCGUCGGACACCGAGAAGGUGUAGGUCUCUCGAGUCGAUCAGAUGCCGCCGUGCUUACUCCUCGAUCACGACGAUCAUUUUGUUGUGUGCUCUGUAACACAUGCGCAUGCGUAUUGAACAUGGAGAUUACACUCUUCAUCGCCAUUUCCCUUUCCCAUUUUACACUUCAACAUGGAGAAAUGACUGCUAUUUGGAAACGAUGAGUGUGUAAUUAAUUAAUCACAUCAUUAAUUCCCAACUUUUACAGCAGGCAAAAUUCUGAAAA